UAAGAAACCUAUCGGGCGACGGUGAGGUAGGCGGCUCUCGACUGUGCGCCGAGCUUUGGGGAACAGGCAGGGGUUUCACCUCGGGGAUGCCAGGACUGCGCUAUUAAGCCGUGAGCUGCGGCGGGCCCAGGGCAGAGAGUGGGCAACGGGGUCUCACCCGAGGAGAGAGCGGGAACGUGAACGGCGUCAAGCGCGGGGAGAGCGAGGCAGGCCCGAGGCUGAAGAGCCGCGGUCGCAGAGCGGGGCCGUCAAUGCCAUGUGAUGUGGAGCUUCACCGAGGCAACCUCCGACUGAGUCCUCAGGAAAGAUUCUGGGACGUACAGUGGCAGCACUUCAGCUGACAGAUCGGAAGCAAGGGGGGCUGCACUGGUAGGGGCAAAGAGGGGUACGACCAGGGGACAAAUGGAGAAAAAGGAGAAGACGUACCUCAAUGCAGGCAGUGAGGAUGAGAUGGAGGUGAUUGGUUACCGGCCCUGCUGGUGGAAGAUCGGCCUGGUGGGUGUAGGCACAGUGUGUACUGGCGGCCUGCUGCUCCUCUUCCUCUACUGGGUGCCCAAGUGGAGCGUCAAGUGCAUGUGUCGGGAGGUCUCGUUCAGAGAGGCUUCUGUGCUGUUGCUCUGGACCACGGAUGAGUUCCACACUUGUUUCCGGGUCCGCGUGCGCAACAUGGAGGUUCCGGGAUGCGAGCCCCUGGACACACCGCUCCCCGUUGACCAGAAGGAGCCUGCCUGCAGCCCAACCACCCCUGUCAUCGAGGAACACGAGUUGGAGAAGGAUCUGUUACCCAAGGCUCUUGAGCUGGAAAGAAUCCAGCUUCGAUACUUCAAUCACCAUAAGGUCAAGUACCUCUGGAGCCAUCGGCGGCAGGAGUUCCAAAGACUGGUGGCGCUGGAGGAGGGGAUCUCGUGCUCAGCGAUCUACACCUACCACAGCGCUGGGCUCUCCUCCCUCUGCAAGGACUACCGGAAGCUAUUCUACGGAGAGAAUCGGAUUGACGUGAAGGUGCCUUCUAUCCCCUACCUCCUGGUAAAAGAGGUGCUGAAUCCAUUCCAUGUUUUCCAAGUCUUCAGUGUGAUCCUCUGGUCCUUCGAUGAAUACUACCUGUAUGCAUCUACCAUUGUCUUCAUGUCUCUCGUUUCCAUCUGUGUCACUUUGUACUUUGUGAAAAAGCAAUACGUACUGUUACAUGAUAUGGUGGCAGCUCACAAUGUGGUACGUCUGAGUGUUUACCGCGAUAACAAUGUCACCGAGGAAAUAUUCUCCACUGAUCUGGUGCCUGGCGAUGUCAUUCACAUCCCGACCAAUGGCUUGAUGAUGCCCUGUGAUGCGGUGCUAAUCAGUGGAACUUGUGUUGUUAAUGAGAGCCUGCUAACCGGGGAAAGCGUGCCCGUCCUGAAGACCAGCCUCCCAAACCCUUCCAGGAGCGGGGGAACCAUGCAGGAGGAGGUGUACAACCCGGAAAACCACAAGCGCCACACGCUCUUCUGCGGAACCGCUGUGGUCCAGACCAGGUUUUACGCCGGAGAGCCGGUGAAAGCCGUCGUUGUCCGCACAGGUUUCUACACGUUGAAGGGACAGCUGGUUUGCUCGAUCCUCUACCCAAAGCCGACUGACUUCAAGCUGUACCAGGAUGCCUACCGCUUCCUGUUCUGCCUGGUGUGUGUGGCUGGGAUUGGUGUAGUCUUCAGCAUCGUGAGCAGCAGCCUGCUGGGGGAAGAGGUGGAGCGCAUCAUCAUCGAAGCUCUGGACAUUAUCACCAUCACGGUCCCCCCAGCGCUCCCGGCUGCCAUGACUGCGGGCAUCAUGUACGCACAGAACCGGCUGAAGAAGAUGGGGAUCUACUCUAUCAGCCCCCAGCGCAUUAACAUGUGCGGCCAGCUGAACCUGGUCUGCUUUGACAAGACAGGAACCUUAACUGAGGACGGCCUGGACAUCUGGGGCUUCCUUCGAGCUCAGGACGGCAGCAGGUUCUUCUCCUUGGAGCGUGACGUGGCCACCCAGAGCCUCACUCGGUCCUGCUUCGUUGCUGGCAUGGCGACCUGCCAUACUCUAACGAACAUUGAUGGGAAGCUGUCUGGAGAUCCCCUGGACUGCAAGAUGUUCGAAGCGACUGGAUGGGUCCUGGAAGAGCCCACGGCCGAAGAGACGGCCCUGCACGACCAGAUCAUGCCUACUGUUGUGCACCCUCCCCAGCAGUCAUCCUCUGCUGCGCCCAGCUGCGGCGAUGCCGACUUGGAGCUUCAGGAGCUGAUGAAUUCCUACGAGAUUGGAAUCAUCAGCCAGUUCCCCUUCUCCUCAGCGCUGCAGCGGAUGAGCGUGGUGACCUGCACCCUCGGUCAGCGGCGGCUGGUGGCUUACAUGAAGGGGGCCCCUGAGACUGUGGCCAGCCUGUGUAAGAAGGAGACAGUGCCAGAAGAUUUCUCACACAUCCUGGAGAAGUUCACCCGGCAGGGGCUGAGGGUGAUCGCACUGGCCAGUCGCAAGUUGGAGUCCAAGCUGACCUGGCACAAGGUGCAGACGGUGAACAGAUCAGUGAUUGAAACCAACAUGGAGUUCCUGGGUCUGAUCAUGAUGCAGAACAAGCUGAAACCUUGCUCUGUCUCUGUCAUCAGGGAGCUCAAGAGCGCCCACAUCCGCACGGUGAUGGUGACAGGGGACAACAUGCUGACCGCCUUGUCUGUGGCCCGCGAGUCUGGGAUGAUCCCCCCGCACGGGAAGGUGAUUGUCACGGAGGCGACACCCCCCAGGGAUGGUCAAGUGGCCACCAUCACCUGGCAGAAUGCAGAAGAGGCGGGCAGCUGGAAGGCACAUGAAACCAAGGAUAUUCGAAUAACCGUGGAGGAUACCUGCUCGAAAGACGCGCCCCAGUUACCGGACGCCUGCUACCACUUUGCCAUGAGCGGGAAGUCCUUUGAUGUGAUCACAGAGCACUUUCCUGAUCUGCUUCCCAAGCUUCUACUCUGUGGAACAGUUUACGCUCGAAUGGCCCCAGAUCAGAAAACCCAGCUGGUGGAGGAGCUCCAGAAAGUGGACUACUACGUUGGGAUGUGCGGCGAUGGUGCGAACGACUGCGGGGCACUGAGGCGAGCUCACGCUGGGAUCUCCCUCUCGGAACUUGAGGCUUCUGUAGCUUCGCCAUUCACUUCAAAGAUCCCCGACGUGUCCUGUGUACCGAAGCUUAUCAGGGAGGGGCGAACCGCUCUGGUCACCUCGUUCUGUGUCUUCAAGUUCAUGGCUAUGUACAGCCUCAUCCAGUACCUCUCCGUCCUCCUGCUUUAUUCGAUCCUGAGCAACCUGGGGGACGUCCAGUUCCUCUUCAUAGACCUGGCCAUCAUCAUGAGUAUCAUGUUCACGAUGAGCUUGAAUUCAUCCUGGAAGGAGCUGGUGCCACAGAGGCCCCCAACCAGCCUGAUGUCCGUACCGAUCCUGCUGUCUAUGCUGUUACAAACACUUCUCACACUGGCCUUUCAGGUCACUGCCUUUCUGCUGGUGAAGGAACAGCCCUGGUACAGGGAAGGAGUACCCUUGCCAAAUGCUUGUGAUGGAAACUGGACUGAUAAUCUGGACAAUACAAGCGUUCUGUGGUCAAACGAUACUGAAGAGGAUGAGGACCGUAUCUCCUGCUAUGAGAACACCACGCUGUUCUUCGUCUCCUGUUGCCAGUAUCUGGCUGUUGCUUUAGUAUUCUCAAGGGGAAAGCCCUUCCGGCAACCCAUCUACAGAAACUAUUUAUAUAUGGGAUGUAUUCUGAUCCUGUAUGGCUUCAUCUUCCUGAUUAUGAUGUACCCAAUCGAAAGUAUCAAUCAUUUCUUCGAGCUGGUCUGCAUCCCCCUGGAUUGGCGGAAUAAGAUGCUGCUUUUAAUCGCGGCCAACCUGAUCCUUGCAUUUCUAGUGGAGAAUUUCAUAUGUACCUAUGGCAUCCAGUGGCUGAAGACUCUGUGUUCUAGAGACUCUGAGUGUCCAGUCUCAGGUAGUGACACACAGGUGGAGCCAGACCCCGCCAGGGAGAUGGUCGGAGGGGGGCUCUGGUGCCAGCGCGGACGCCUCCCCAAGGACAAGUACAAACGCCUGACCCGCGAACUGCUGCUCGACCCUGACUGGCCGCCUAAGCCCAAGACCUGCACCAGGGCAGGUGUCGUCCCCAGCGCCAGCCAGAGCCGCUGCUGGGAGCCGACAGACUCCUCCGCACAGUCCUGACUAGCUGGGGGUACCCGGGGGCAGUGGGGCAGAAGGAGGGAGGGGGGGACAAUCAGUGGGCACGGUGUAAGGUGAUCCUUGUGGGGGUGGGGGAGAUGAACCCCAGCAUCAAUGACCAUCAACUGUGACGGCUUGUCCUGGGUGUGUAACACAUCUGAGGGUGAACGGAAGAUGGGACCAUCUCAAUGGCAACUCUCCCACCACCCAUUCCACUCCCAGUACAUUGCCACAACCCUGGAGAGUCUGACAGCCUCAAACCUUUGUCUGAACAUUCAAGCAACUUGGGGCUGUACCUCCCUCUUCACUUGCUCUCGAUGCCUGUACACAGGGUCCAGAGGGGUGAGCCCGUAUGCCAGCUCUGUAGAGGCAGUGAACCGUACGCUGGGUCUGUAGAUGGGGUGAACCCUUGCGCUGGCUCCGUAGAUGGGGUGAGCCCAUACGCCAGGCCCUCUGCCAGCUCCAUAGAGGGGGCGAACUGAGCGCCAGGUCAUACACAGGCUCCAUAGAGGGGGUGAACCUGUGCGCCAGGUCAUAUGCCAGCUCCGUAGAGGGGUUGAGCCCAUACGCCGGCUCCGUAGAGGGGUUGAGCCUGUACACCAGGUCAUACGCCGGCUCCGUAGAGGGAGUGAGCCUGUACACCAGGCCAUACACAGGCUCCAUAGAGGGAGUGAGCCUGUACACCAGGUCAUACGCCGGCUCCGUAGAGGGAGUGAGCCUGUACACCAGGUCAUAUGCCGGCUCCGUAGAGGGGUUGAGCCUGUACACCAGGUCAUAUGCCAGCUCCGUAGAGGGGUUGAGCCCAUUCGCCGGCUCCGUAGAGGGAGUGAGCCUGUACACCAGGUCAUAUGCCAGCUCCGUAGAGGGAGUGAGCCUGUACACCAGGUCAUACGCCGGCUCCGUAGAGGGAGUGAGCCUGUACACCAGGUCAUACGCCGGCUCCGUAGAGGGAGUGAGCCUGUACACCAGGUCAUACGCCGGCUCCGUAGAGGGAGUGAGCCUGUACACCAGGUCAUACGCCGGCUCCGUAGAGGGAGUGAGCCUGUACACCAGGUCAUACGCCGGCUCCGUAGAGGGAGUGAGCCUGUACACCAGGCCAUACACAGGCUCCAUAGAGGGAAUGAGCCUGUACACCAGGUCAUAUGCCGGCUCCGUAGAGGGAGUGAGCCUGUACACCAGGUCAUAUGCCGGCUCCGUAGAGGGGUUGAGCCUGUACACCAGGUCAUAUGCCGGCUCCGUAGAGGGGUUGAGCCCAUUCGCCGGCUCCAUAGAGGGAGUGAGCCCAUAAGCCGGCUCCGUAGAGGGAGUGAGCUUGUAUACUGUACACAUGCCAGUAUACGGGGCCCAGGGUGGGGAUGGAUUGAUGAACCCUUACACUAGGCCCAGAGGUGGUGGAGAUGUAACCUAGACCCACCAGCUAUUUGCCCUUGAAUGCCCCCAGCCCACUGGCACUCGGAGAAAAGAAGAAACCUGAAGUCUUAACAAGCUAUUUCCUAUUUUUUUUUGAGUUUUCAAACCCAUUUCUCUUCACUGGGGAAAAAAGGAAAAUAAAUCAAAGCACGUGGAGGGAGAGAGUAAUAAUUAUAGGAGGGGAGGUAGACAUGGUUCUCAAAGCUUUCAGGUGUGUAGUUGGAACAAGAGGUUUUGGCCCCAGCCAGACAUCACAGUCCCUGACAUUGGUCUCAUUGUUGGGCCGGCAGAUGGUGGAAAGGGGAAAGCAGAAACUGGAAAUAAACAAAAAUUAGAAAUCCAAAGUAUCUGGAAGAUUGGGAUUUGUUCUGAUCUCCCUCCCCCUCUCUCUCCUUCCCUACUUUCUCUGACACUACCUGCACCCACUUCCCCUCAUUGGUGUCACUCUCCACCAUCCCCUGCCCCAAUGUCAGGAGGUUUGUCUUGGACAGAGUUGCCUGAAGGGGAAGUACUGAGUUGCCAGCAGCAUUCUCCCUCAUCUGCUCUCCUAGUAGUGCCAGGCAGGUCACUACAGGAGCUCUUCCCCCACCUCGACCGUGCACCAGCUCGGUUCCUACCUCAGGAUAUCCUGGUAUCAUGACCAGCACUCUAGCAAUGGGAGGGUCUUCACCCCUGCUUUUCUCCCAGUAUACCUGCCCCUGAUCCCUCGCAUCUCCCACCCACCACAGUGUUUAUAACCGGUUUCAACUGGAGCUGUGGUUGACCCCAAACAAGUGCGUCCACGUGUGCUCUUGAGCCCUGUAGUCACUCCCUGAGCUAGUAAGGGGUGGAGUUCAUCUCACUGGUGCCUGUGAGUGUUCUGAGUUAGUCAGCAGGGGUGAGGGAGGAGAAUGGGUGAAUGGUGGGAGGGGUGCAGCAGUGGACAGAACACCCAGGUAGAGAGAAAGUGUGUGUCCGUGCCUGUGUCCUGCUCAGCAGCCCCCCACAGUGGCUAGGUGGGUAACUGCAGAUCAUCCAGUAUUUCCCCCCCACCUCCCAUCUCUCGGCUCCACAAUCCACAAGGGAGGAUUAACCCCCACCAACAUUCCCUCAGCUGUAUUACUACAAAGGUACGCACCCUGCUUCCUUCCCAGCACCCCAUUAUUUACCCACGGGCAGGCGAAGGACUAGAUAAUAUUGCUCUCUUAUCUCUCUAAUGAAGGUUAGUAGGGUUCGCUUGUUAAAUAUCUAGGUCUGAUCUCCACAGGUUAAGGACCAGAGAGGGCAGUUGUAAACCGGUACAAAGAAGAAAGGGCACAGGCUUCCUGAGCAAUAACCAGGCAUAACAAGAUCAGGGUGAAGCCCACCUACAGAGACCCCCCUCCCAGUGAGGCUUGGUGGUGACAGACAAUUGGGUCUGCUGGCCCCGGUGAUGCCUUCUGCUCUCUGCAAUUCCAAGAUAGAUCUCAAGGACGACCUGUUACAACUUACUGAGUAACGAUUCUGUUUCUGCUUGGGGUGGGAUGGAAAGGCAAAGAUAGGUUUUAAAUUGUCAAACCCACCCACUGCUGGGUUCCAGCAACCACAGCCUGUCUCCCACCCUAUCCUUCCAAAGCCAGCACUUUCUAUAUGUGAUUAAAAUACAAAAGUAUAUUGAAGAGGCUUUGCUAUUAAUUAUUUUAAUUAAUAUAAAUUCACAAUAAAAUAUUAUUGUAUUAUU